CUACCGGGGCCUGACUCUGGUGCUGACCUUCCUCUCCUACACCAGCUACCACCUCUCCCGAAAACCCAUCAGCAUCGUCAAGAGCCAGCUGCACCUCAACUGCUCAGCCUUGGGCCCGAACCCCCACAAUGACUCCAACAGCACCACGUGGUGUGACUGGGCCCCCUUUGAUGGGGACAACUACAACGAACUUUUUGGGGCGCUGGAUAAUGCCUUCCUGGUGGCCUACGCCAUCGGGAUGUUUAUCAGCGGCAUUUUUGGGGAGCGCCUCCCCCUGCGCUAUUACCUGUCGGGGGGGAUGGUGAUGAGCGGGCUCUUCACCUCCCUCUUUGGCCUCGGCUACUUCUGGGACAUCCACGUGCUCUGGUACUUCAUCAUCGUGCAGGUCUGCAAUGGGCUGGUGCAGACCACAGGCUGGCCUGCUGUCGUGGCUUGCGUUGGAAACUGGUUUGGCAAAGGAAAGAGAGGUUUGAUCAUGGGCAUCUGGAACUCGCACACCUCCGUUGGCAACAUCUUGGGGUCGCUCAUCGCCGGCGCCUGGGUGUCCUCUGCCUGGGGCCUGUCCUUCAUUGUGCCUGGCAUCAUCAUUGCUGUCAUGGGCGUCAUCUGCUUCUUCUUCCUCGUGGAGUAUCCUGAGGAUGUUGACUGCAAUCCACCUCAGCAUCACACGGCUGCUGAUGAGGAUCCUGGAGGAGUGACCACCAGUGAGAAGGAUCCUGAAGCAGUGAUCUCCAACGAGGGCCCACUCAGCCUCUCAGGCCAGAGCAGUGUGGAUCACUCCAAGAGCCCCAAGGAACCCGCUGAGAAGCCCGAAGCCAUCAGCUUCCUUGGGGCACUCCGGAUACCUGGCGUGGUGGAGUUCUCCCUGUGCCUGCUCUUUGCCAAGCUGGUGAGCUACACCUUCCUGUACUGGCUGCCCCUCUACAUUGUCAACGUUGCUCAUUUCGGUGCCAAGGAAGCUGGGGACCUGUCGACCCUCUUUGAUGUUGGGGGUAUUUUAGGGGGGAUCUUGGCUGGCCUCAUCUCUGACUACACUGGCGGCAGAGCCACCACGUGCUGCGUGAUGCUGGUGGUGGCUGCUCCCAUGCUGUUCCUGUAUAACCAUGUGGGUCAGAAUGGCAUUGGUGUAUCAGUAGCGAUGCUGAUCAUCUGUGGAGCUCUGGUCAAUGGGCCCUACGCGCUCAUCACGACAGCGGUGUCGGCAGAUUUGGGCACCCACGAGUCUCUCAAAGGAAAUGCCAAAGCCCUCUCGACCGUCACGGCCAUCAUCGACGGCACGGGAUCUGUCGGUGCUGCGCUGGGGCCGCUGCUGGCAGGGCUGAUCUCUCCCACGGGCUGGAAUAACGUGUUUUACAUGCUGAUAGCAGCUGAUGUCCUGGCGUGUCUGCUCCUGGCUCGCGUGGUGGUGAAGGAGGCCCGUGGCUGGUGUGGCCCCAUGGCGAGGCAGAGAGGGUUUAAGGAGUUCUGACGCGUCCCUGCGAGCCCGGAGCGAGGACAGAGCUGGGGCACCGGGGGGAGCCGGGCACGGCCCCGGCCCGGCCUGGGCACGGCCCCGCGGGCACUGCCAGCACGGGUUUGAUCCCAGCGGAGGAAGGGGCGAGGAGUGGCCACAGGGCCCUGGCCAAACGCUUUUCUGGGUCAAUUCUGCACCAUCGGCCGUUUUAUUAAUAAAAACGUGUAAAAUCUGU